UUCACACCAGUAACAAAUGGCACCAGAUGGUGGGCGAUUGCCCCCUUCCAGUACACUCCCUUGCAGAUCUGCAAACUGGUGUCCUCCUCUGGAUUCUUUGCAGCAUCAGGCUGAUUUUGAGGACGUGGGGGCCACUGUGAAUGGUGAGGUCUUUCAGGAAUCCAACGGCCCCACGGAUGGUUACGCAGCCAUUGCCCGGGCUGACAGGCUGACCCAGGAGCCCGAGAGCAUCCGCAAAUGGCGGGAGGAGCAAAAGAAACGGUUGCAGGAGCUGGAUGCUGCUUCGAAGGUGAUGGAGCAGGAAUGGCGUGAAAAGGCCAAGAAGGACCUGGAGGAGUGGAAUGUGCGUCAGAGCGAGCAGAUGGAGAAGAACCGAGUUAACAACAGGAUUGCUGACAAAGCAUUUUACCAGCAGCCAGACGCUGAUGUGAUCGGCUACGUGGCCUCGGAGGAAGCCUUCCUGAAGGAGUCCAAGGAAGAGAACCCCGGCACGGAGUGGGAGAAGGUGGCCCAGCUGUGUGACUUCAACCCCAAAAGCAGCAAGCAAUGGAAGGACGUGUCGAGGAUGCGCUCGGUGCUCAUCUCCCUCAAACAGACGCCCCUGUCCCGCUAGCCACCUGCCCAGCAUGACUAAAGAGCGGGGGGGGUAGGGGAGGCCAGUGGGCUCGCUGGACAAGCACAGCAGGUUCAGUCGGACGCCAGCAAGGGGCGCUGCUGCCCCUGCCUCCGCUCCCUUUGCUCCCUGGGUUGCAUGGCUGGUUUGGUAGGGUUGCUGGUUGUAACCGUCCUGAUUUUCCUUUGCUUAAAGGGUGCAUUGGUCUCUUUUUACACUUAUUUAUUACCAAGGCGGUUCUCUGGGCAGCAGGGCUGGGCUCCCUCCCCCGCUGCCUCCGGGGCGGGGAGCUCGACACCGACAGACCUGGCACAGGCCUCUGACACUGCGAGAGAUCCUGGGGUCUCCUUGCCGUCCCUCACAUCAACUCUCCCAUUUCUGCCUCAAACCCAUCCAGCUUCUCCCCCAGGGGCAGAGAGCCGAGCCAGUCCGGUGGGAGCAGACCCAGCGGCCUCCUGCCUGAGAUGCUUGGCCACCGCACUGGGUGAGUGGGAUGAGAGGCUGUAUUGUCUAGUAUCCUAGCAUGGGGCUGGGAGCCAGGACUCCUGGGUUCUAAUCCCAACUCCUCAUGGGACCCUGGUCCUCAUGUGUCUGCCUGUAACGGGGGUUGAUGCUGCGCUGCCUGCAGGGGUGGCUGAGACACUGGGAGGGGUAGGGCCGGUUCAUGGCUGCACAGAUGUGACGUUGGCUGGAGGCAACGGCUGCCAGAGAAAAAAGAGAAUCUCAGUCAGGGGCACUCCAGGGGGGCAGAGCUGAGGGCAGGCAGGAGUAUCUAGGUCUGGGAGGUAGCAACCCCCAGCUCCUCCUCCAGUGUUAGCAUGUGUCUCUGGCAUUGCAGUACUGCAGAGGCAAUGGCAGUGGCUAACCCUGCCCUGGGGAACUCUCUGCCACAGGACGGUGCUGAGGCUGAGCUCACAGGAUUGGGCAUGUGGCUGGCUAAGGGGAGAGGGUAAGGACGCACUGAGUUUGACAAGUCAAGGUCAGGGCUCAGGAGACAUCUCCCCUACGGGAGCUUAGUCCACCACUGCUCAUUAGGGAACUUCUUGUUCCUCCUUCUGGAGCACCUGCUACUGGCCUAUCAUGGAGACAGGAUACCAGGCUAGAUGGGCCCCUGGGCUGAGCUACUCUGGCACUUCCUCUGCUCCUAAGUGAAGGUGGCUGGGAGGGGAGUGCUGAACUCAAGCAGAGUUGCCCCUGCCCUGCUGCAGGGGACCCGGGCUGAGAUCCCUGUUUGCGCUUUGCCAGGGAGAGAGAAUCCCUGCCGGCCCACCCGCCCGCCUGCCAACCUGUGCAUGGACUUGAUACUCCCCAAAGAAAUACUCUAGCUCUGGUGUUGGGACUCUGCCCUGCCUCUGAGCAACUGAUGGGCCCUGGAAAAGUAAGGGGAGGGUCUGGGGUGAGGGUGGGACAGGUACUGGCUGAGGCAGCCUGGCCUAGGGGCUUGUGGCUGCACAUCAUCUUGCUGCUGUUUCUUCUGCCCCACCCCUGGCCUGCCAGCUAAAGGGACUCCACUCUCCUCCCCCGAGCGAUGCCUUUGGAGGAGGUGGCUCAGCUUCCUCCCCAAGCACCUUCUCACCUGCUCUGUCAAUAGGUGCUUGGUGGGGCCAGGGCAGUACACGGAGCCUGGAGCCCAGAACCCAUCUGCACUCAGGAGCAGACAGGCACGCUGGACCCACUUCGCCCUGGGCCUCUGUCCUGGCUGCAUUCACCUGGGGCAGGUGUAGUGCCGCACAGCGCAGCAUGCCUCACAGGGACCUCGCGCAGGGCAUGCAGCCUGGUGUGCUGGGUGGGGAGAGCAGGCUGGGAGGAGAUGCUGGCAGGGAGCUCAGGGCGAAGUCCAUGAAGCCAGGAGCCCUUUCAAGCCAAUGGGGUGAGGCACAGGGGAACCUCUUUCCCCUGCAGACCCAGCCCUGCCCAUGGCUGCUAUGGGGCCCCGCCUGACUGUGCCCCAGCUUAGUCCUGACGUGCAUUAGCCCUGCUGCUCAGGUGGGUUAGGCCAGGGUUAAGGGUGUGACUCUUGGCAGGAGGAUGUAGCUGCUCCGAGAUGCCAGGCUGGGAUUCCCUGCUCCAGGACCCUGAUAGCGGCAGAGCAGCAGUCUGAAACUGGGCCUAGCUCCUGCCUGAACGGACGGUGGGUUUGACUUUUCAUGCCAGUGACGCCUCUUUUCACAGGCUGUGCUGGCCGCUCCCAGGCUUCUUUGCUGGGAAGGUCUGUUAAUUACUGUGUGAGUCAGCGGCUGAGGGUGGUAGCGCAGCCUCUACAGGCUUGGGGAGCCUGAGCAGCCCAGCUAGCCCAUGGGAGAAUCCCCCUACCCUGCCUUGUAUGCCUACCAGCAGGAAGCAUGGCCUGGGUCCCGCACUCAUUUCUAGCAGGGAGCAGAACCCCAGGGUGAGAGCUGGUACUGCUGCUUUACAGACAAGGGCCCAGAUCCUCCAUCGUAGGUGGCAGCUCUGGCUGUUCUGUGUCCCCCCAGCUUUGGUAUAUGUGACCUCAUACAAAUAAACUGACAUGACUCCAACCCAG